AUGGUGGAGCUUGCUUCUUGGCUUACUCCGCAUAUGGCGUUGUUCGGCCAGAUGCGUCGAUCGGGGCCCCUUUGCCCAUGGCCUGGCGGGACAGCAAUGUUCCAUACGAGUUUCGUUUUUUUUCCUCUAGAAAACAAAGACCGCGCCCCGUAUUCAUCUGUCACAGUCCGGCAACAUUCAACGCCCACCGCAAUGACAGUGUCUUGGAUGGGCAAACAACACGCUGUGACAACCAAUGAAUCGGGCAGCGAGCCAUUGGGCCCACGUUCAGUCGAUGUCUUUGGCCAAGAGGACCAGCAUGACAUCAAAUACAAGAGACUCUCAUGGCCGUUGGUAGCAGUUCUCAUGAUCACCGAGACUGUAUCCAACGGCAUGCUGUCUCUCCCCUCGUCUCUUGCCGUGGUGGGCAUGGUGCCAGGCCUGAUCAUCAUCGUAUUCCUCGGUGUAUUCGCGACGUACACGUCCUGGCUGCUGGUCGAGUUCAAGCUCCGCCACCCCGAAGUGCACACCAUGGGCGACGCUGGCUACAUCAUGUUUGGGCCGCUUGGGCGCGACAUCAUGGGCUUUGGGACCUGUUGUUUCUCCAUUUUCGCGUCCGGCGGCCAGAUGCUUGCUGGCCAAAUUGCCCUUGCCUCGCUGAGCGACAACAAGCUGUGCCUGAUGCUGUACAUCGGCGCUUUUGCCGUUCCCAUGCUUGCUUUUUCGUUGCCAAGAACAUUCCACGGCUUAAGCUGCAUCUCCAUCGCAAGUGUUUUGAGCAUCUUGGUUGCUGGAAUCGUCGCCAUGGCUGCGGCGGGCAUCUCACCAGAUCCGAGCAGAAUUGUCCAGGUAGCUGUGCCGUCAAACUUCUACACUGCAUUUAUAUCCGUUACCAACCCGGUCUUUUCGUUUGCCGGUCACUUUAUGUUCUUUGUUCUAGUAUCUGAGAUGAAGGAACCGCAGCACGCCAUGCGCGCGGCCUACACCCUACAGUCCUUUGCCACUAUUUUUUAUGCCAUUUUUGCUAGCGUUACCUACGGCUACAUUGGAAGUACCGUCCAGUCGCCUUCGUUCUUGUCCCUGUCUCCUUACUGGCAAAAGGUAUCUUGGGGUCUUGCCUUGCCAAAUCUUCUGCUUGCUGGAUCUCUGUACGCGCACACAGCAAGUAAGGUCAUCUUUGUCAGAAUUUUUCGGCAUUCCAAGCAUCUGCACAGCCACACAUUGCUGGGUUGGGGAGUCUGGAUCUCACUUGUUGUAUUCACGAAUGGCUUGGCCUUUCUCCUCGCCGUCGGCGUUCCCAUCUUCAACUACUUGAUCGGAAUCGCCGCAUCACUCUUCGCCGCAUGGUUUACGUACGGCAUAGCCGGCAUGUUCUGGCUGCACGACUCGUACCACGACGGUCCUGGCUUCUAUGCCUGGCAGCAAAAAUGGGGACAAGCGUCUCUCGCAGUGGCGACGAUUCUGUCCGGCAUUUUUAUAUGCGUUGCAGGCCUCUAUGUCACCAUUCGUGCCAUUGUGGAUGCCUUCGCCAGCGAUCAGCUCCCUUCUCCAUUUACUUGUUAA